CUUUUGCAUCACUCUUCGUUAAUUCGCCGACAACUCACUCAGCUUGACUUCUUCUUUCCUCCUCCUAUCUAUUUGCUUGCCACGAUGCAUGUUUAACCCCGCCUGCGCAAGUACGUACAUGGUACAGCGUGUAUGGUCCUUCGACGCCAUGAAUGACAGCCCACCACCUCGGGAUCUGAUCGACUAGUUUAGUUAUACUUCACCACUCAACGCCUGUUAUAUAUUUCCCCCUCCCUCCUGGGAUUCGGUUGCUGCUGGAGAGAUACCACCUCCUCUUCCAUUCGAAUUCUUGCACAUCUUAAAUCCUUCGAUCGAACAGAGACAUGGCGGACGCGCGAGAUCGAGUGUUUUGCCACGCAUGUGGCGGGGUGUGGCUGCGGGAUGAGCAUGGCCUGGAGUGCCCGCACUGCCAGUCCGACUUUACGGAGAUUGUCGAAAUCCCCCCAGAUCCAGAAGCAGAAGCAGAAGUGCCAGACCCCCCCGAAGCCUUCCCCGAGGAGCCACGACAGCCACCCCGCCGUGCCAACACCAAUCCAUGGGCCGACCACAAUCCCUGGGCACACCAAGACGACGAUCCGGAUGAAUGGGGACCCGGGGAUGGGUUACGCACGCACAACUAUCGGUCCCCAGAUGGCCGCUUCACCUUCACCAGCACCACCUUCAACAGUGGCUUUGGUCCGCAACGGUCGGGCCAGCGCUCCCGACAGCCGCAGCCCGACCCGUUGAUGCCGGUCAUGUGGGGGUUAGAUCGCAUCUUUAACGGCCUGGCCGACACCUACCAGCAGCAGAACCACCCGCGGUCGGGACCAGGUUCCGCACCGGAACCUAAUACCGCGCGGCCGCCGUGGGUGGCGGGGGGCAUGUUCCGGCACGGGCACGACUUCGACACGCAUCACGAUGAUGAUACGCAUGGACCGUAUUCGGGCGGACCGGGUUUGCGACCCCGGGAUCCAGACGGGCCGCAGCCUCAGGUCACGCCUCUGCGCACGUUGGGCGAUAUCUUGGAACAGUUACAGGACAACCUGGGGAAUCGGCAAACAGGCAUGGCGGGCACCGUAGCGGGCGAGGCGCAUUUUACGACGGGCACGCACCCGCUCGCGCUGCUGUCGACGCUGCUGAAUUUCGACCGUCACGGCGACGCGGUGUACUCGCAGGAAGAGCUCGAUCGGGUCAUCUCGCAGCUGGUCGAGCAGAAUAUGGGCGGGACGGCGCCGCCGCCUGCGUCACAGAACGCUAUUUCGUCGCUGCCGAAGAAGCCGGUCGAUAAGGAGAUGCUGGGGCACGAGGGCAAGGCCGAGUGUUCUAUUUGCAUGGACGCGGUGGACAUCGGCACUGAGGUCACGGUGCUGCCUUGCACUCACUGGUUUCACUACAAUUGCAUUGAGAUGUGGUUGAACCAGCACAAUACGUGUCCGCACUGCCGACGACCCGUUGACCUUCCGAACGAGACAGAACCCAGUCGUAGUCGGUGACAGUCCCGAGCCGGCCUCGCGCCGGACCAGCAUGGCGGGAUCCGCCCACAGCGGACCACAAUCCGGACAGACGGACACACGACAGGGCCAACGACGG